AGUGAGGCGCGAUUUGGCGGUCAAACAGUGGUCUCUGUGUCCGACUACCCAUCCAUUGAUUAUGCGUUCAUUGGGUUACGAUUUACGCCAUAAAUGAGUGCCAAAUAUAUAUGAAUCAGUGAAUCAGUGUUUGUGUGGAGUAUUGCAUAACAAUUAUAGCGGUGUUUGUGUUGACUGUGAGUACGAAUGGCUGGCUUUGAGGGCAAAAACUUUUACUUUGAUUUGGAAAACUCGCCACAAAUUGGCCGACAGUUGCAUCAACUCAUCGCCCGAUUGGGAGGGGAGAUCCGCGGUUUCCUCGACCACAGAGUGAAGUACAUAAUCACAUCGCGACCUAAGGAUCAGUGGCCGCCCAAGACUACCGGUGCCGACAAACUGAGACAAUCGGACGCCUGUCGCGAACACACCGUCCAAUCGCCCAUCAAUUUGAACAAAAACUCCAGUUUUUCGAGAGGAUCGCUAUUACUGUCGAAGAUUAGGGCGAAUACCGUGAAUGAGGUGAAGCCGCCGGCCCUCCCGACCGAUGUCUUAGAAAGGGGUCGAUUCCUGAACAUAACGAUCCUGAAGGACGUGGAUGUGCUCGAGUUCUGUAAGAAUCACUUGAGUCCACAAGUGGUCAACGAUUGUGCCGUCAAUUCGGCGCAAAUCAAGCGCUUCAAUGGACCCAACAUUAAGGUUGAGGACAAUCGCCUCCAACACCGACCCAUAUAUAAGGAGUUCUUCGAGUGGCCGACCAUUAGCUACGAAUUCCACGAGUUUUUGUGUCCAUUCGUUAAGAAAAGAGUACAAAAAGAGAGAGUCGUUGAGCCGAUUGAGUCGCUCGAAGGGCUGGCCGUCAAGAGGUUUAACGACAAACAGUUCACGAAUGGCAUGAAUGCCGACAAUAAGUGUGUGAAUAAUAAGACUAAAAGCCAUAAAACUAAGACAAAAACUGGUGACAAGAACGCGAAGACUCCGCCAAAAGACGUGACACUCAUUAAGAAGAAUCUAAUCAAAAGGCGCCGAACGCCAGCCUAUUGUGAGAUCUGUGGCACAGAAUACGAGGACCUGUCGGAGCAUCUGAAGAGCGAAGAGCACGAGACGUACACCAAGAAUGAGGACAACUAUAAAGAGCUGAAAGGAGUGAUACAAUCGCUGCAGCCGUUCCUCGAGACCACGAGUACUGCCGCCAAAUGUGUGAACUUCGACGACGGCUCCAGUUGUGAGAGCGAUGGUGAGGGCAGUGAGGAUGAGCUGCCGUGCAGUCCAUUCCAGUCGACGCCCAACAUGUCGACAACCAUUCAGUUGUGUGGUUCCAAACAUAAGUCACAUUUCCUUCCGAUCCACGAUCUCGUCGGCAAUCGGUCGCCGCAUGAAGAGGAGGCCAGGGAUGAGGUGGAGGUGGCGGGAAGGCAUGAGGGCAGGCAUGAGGACCGGCGCUCGAGUGAGCGGUCGUCCAAAACUGAUUUAGAAGUGAUUCCGCCGUCCAUUUCGUCGCCGAAGUCCAGAAGCGGUGAUAAAGUGACUCUAAUUUAUAAUAACUAUACAAACGAUUCAACCGAUAGUCAAACGAAUGAACUGUCGCUCGAGUUAUGA